AUGGCUUCCGAUCUAGAUACCCUGAUUGACAUGGGCUUUGAGCGAGCUCGGGCUGAGCUCGCCGUCAAAAAGUCUGGAGGAUUGCAGGGUGCCUUGCAGUGGCUAGAGGAUAACCAGGAUAAAUCGCUGGAGGAAAUCCAAGCCGCAGCCCCCGAUGAUGACGAAGAGGAGGAUGAGACCAAGGCAAAGAUUGCCGAGCUGGAAUCUGGCCAGUCUGCUAAAUCACUUAUCUGUAACGAGUGCGGGAAACGAUUCAGGAACCACGAUUUGGCCAGCUACCAUGCUACGAAGACUGAGCAUACAGACUUCUCCGAGUCUACUGAGGAGAUUGCACCCCUGACCGAAGACGAGAAGAAGGCAAAACUUGAAGAGCUGAGAGAACGGCUUGUGGCAAAGAAGGCCGCUCAGGCAGAGAAGGAUAAAGAAGAUGCAAAGCGCAAUGAGAAAAUCCGACAAAAAUCUACAAAGGAAACCCAGGAGGCAAAGGAAGAACUUGCACGAAAAGAGCAAAUCAAAGAAGCCAUGCAGAAACGCAAGGAGAAGAUUGAGGAAGCCGAGGCAAAGAAGCGAAUCAAGGCCAAGAUUGAAGAGGACAAGGCUGAACGUCGCCGCAAAGCUGAAGAGGCUAAAGCUGCUCGUGAGGGCAGAGCUCCCGAGGCGGUAUCCUCCUCAUCUUCCGCUGCGCCAGCCGCCGCUGCAGCCCCUCGACCAAAGGCAGACCACACAGAGGCGAAGCUGAAGCUGCAGACUGACUCGGGCAACAUUAUGAAGACGCUACCCGCCGAGACGACGCUGUUUGAGCUUGCGCAGCAGUUACAGAGCGAGACUGGAAAGCCGGUGACGACAUUUACGACUACGUUCCCCAGAAAGACAUUCCAGGGCGAUUUGGACAUGUCCAAGACGCUAAAGGAGGCCGGACUUGUCCCUUCAUCUGUGCUUAUUGUAAAAUAG